CAUUACAUACUAAUUGUAAUAGGAGAAAUUGCAACCGGUCUUCAGCUUGAUUCUGUGAAAGAACGCAUUAAACACGGACUUCGCUCAUGGGACAUUGAUCUUUCUGUGUGUGAAUUGAAUCAAGAGCUGCGGGUUUUUCAGACCAAACACUCUGCCACGUUCUCCUCAGAAGUAAAAGGGCAAAGACUCCUGCAGUAUAAAAGCGAUGCCCUUGAGACAGUUGUCUUAGUCAGCCCAUCUGAACAAACGACUGACCGAGAGAUUCGCUCUCUACUUUUGGACUCUGCGAGGCACAAGUUGCUGGUGCUCAGUGGUCAGAGCUCUGAAUGUGGGGGAGACAUAAUUCUGCAGCACGGAAUUUUCAGUUGGGAAAGUUUAUCAAAUAUCCUCACAGAUUCUGAAAUUAAGAAUCACUUGAGCAAGUCAACCCCAGAUCAGCGAGCCAGGUUAACUGUGUGCUGUCCAGGAGAGGGGGGCUGGAGCUCCCAACAGCUCAGUCAGGAGUUGCUGGAUUACAGACUGAACCCAGAUCCUGUUCUACCAGAAAUGGAAGGAAUGACAGAAUUUACAGAGUACAUCUCUGAAACAGUUGAUGUACCCUCUCCUUUUGACCUCUUGGAGCCACCAACUUCAGGCGGUUUCCUUAAGUUGUCCAAACCAUGCUGUUACAUCUUCCCUGGAGGUAGAGGAGACUCUGCCUUGUUUGCAGUUAAUGGUUUUAACAUCUUAAUUGAUGGAGGUUCAGACCGAAAAUCGUGUUUCUGGAAGCUUGUGAGACACUUAGAUAGAAUAGAUUCUGUUCUUCUCACACACAUUGGAGCAGACAAUCUUCCUGGAAUAAAUGGACUGUUUCAGAGGAAAAUUGCAGAGCAAGAAGAAGAGAAAUCUCAUGAUUCAAAUGCCUGUGCUGACUGGAUGAAAAAUCUAAUCUCACCUGAGCUUGGCGUUGUGUUCUUUAAUGUUCCUGAGAAGUUAAGGACACCAGAAUCAACCCUGAAAGUGAAAAGAAGCAUUGAAGAGGCCUCUCUCACUCUGCAGUAUCUUAACAAGCUAGGCAUCAAACCUGAACCACUUUUCAGAGGUGUCAGUAACACAAUAGAACCUGUCACCCUCUUCCACAAGCUAGGCGUUGGAAAAUUAGACAUGUAUGUUCUAAAUCCUGUAAAGGAAAGUAAAGAAAUGCAGUUUUUUAUGCAGAAGUGGGCGGGUAACAGCAAAGCAAAGACAGGCAUUGUUUUACCCAACGGAAAAGAGGGUGAAAUAUCUGUUCCAUAUCUUACAUCAGUAACAGCUCUUGUAGUGUGGAUUCCAGCCAGUCCAACAGAAAAGAUCGUCAGGGUAUUGUUCCCUGGAAAUGCACCGCAGAACAAAAUCUUUGAGGGGCUGGAAAAGCUCCGGCACCUUGACUUCCUGCGAUAUCCAGUUGCCACUCAAAAGGAAAUUUUGAGUGGGGUUCCUCCUUCAGUGAUCAAGCAAACUAAAACGAGGCCGAGAACGGACAGCAAAGAAAGUCUCAAAUCAUCACCUAAAGUUCAUUCUGUUUCAAAAGCAAGCAAGAAAGAGGCAAAUGAAGAGAUUGAGUCUAAGAGUGACUCCAUCAAAGAGAAUAAAAUUGAGAAAAAAGAUGAUAAGAAAACGAAGGAAAGUGUUAAGCCUGCAAAACCUGCAAAAGCCAGCACAGACACAGCAGACACUGGAAAACAAGAAAAAAAGAAACUUUUGAAAGAUAAAUCACCUAAGAAACACAUUAAGGACAGUACGCCCAAGAUGGACGAAAAGAAAGACAAAGAAAAGAAAGACAUAAAGAGGGAGAAGCGAGAAAUGAAAAAAGAUGAUACUGCUAAAAAAGAUGAGAAAAAAGAACCAAAAAUGAAAGAUGACAAAACAAAAAACACAGGAGAGCCAGAGUUAAGAAAGAUCACUAAACCUGACCUAAAGCCCUUUACACCUGAAGUUAGAAAGACCUUGCACAAGGCAAAAGCACAAAGCAAACCUAAGACAGAAAAAACUAAAGCAGCAAAGGAAAAACAAAAUAAGCCUGCCGCCAAACAAGCUGCAGCCAAGCAAGAAGAUUACAGGUCAUUGGUCUCUUCCCCUGAGGACCUUACGAAGGAUUUUGAAGCUCUGAAACUGGAGGAAUCUUCCAAGACCUUACAUGGAGAUGACAAAGUGGUGCCCAAUCAAUCCUCAGCUUUGUUAGACUCUAAGGAACCCUUGAAUAAAUCUUCAGAUGAAGGGAUAACCACAACAGAUGUUGAAGCUGAUUUCCCACAUAAAAUCAAAGAAGUCUAUGGAGAAAAGAAAUCUCCAACAAAAACUGGAGAGAAAUUUGAGGAAGAUUAUGAUGGCAAAAUGGGUAACAAACACGCUAAAACGUCUGAUAUCACGGGAAAGGCAGAUGACUUUAAGAAAAUGCAGGGAGCAGUGAAACCAAAAAAGACAAACAGUGAAGAAGAAGAAGAAGAGGAUGUCAUUGAGAAAGCAGAGCUGGAGGAUGCAGAGGAUGUCGUUCAUGAGGAUGAGUUCAAGUAUAAAAGAGAGGAGUCCAAAAAAGAGAAACCUGGAAAGGAUUGGGACUCCAAACAAAGUGAACUUAAGUUUUCCAAGGCUGCCACUGCUGCAGAGCAGAUUUCUUUCAUACAAGACGAGACAAUCCCUGGUUAUUCAGAGACUGAACAGACCAUCUCUGAUGAAGAGAUCCAUGAGGAAACUGAGGACAGGCUUCCACAUCUCCGCUAUGAUGUGGGAUCUUAUGAUAUUUCUGUUCCAGAUGAACCAGGCUGCUUUGACACAGUUCAUGGCGUACGAGAAAUGAAAGCUCCAAUUGCAUCUGUUGCAUCUGAUUUAUCAGCCAAAGGAUUUAUUGGAGGGCAGGAACCAGCAUUGUCAUCUUACUCAACCAAUAUCAUUGCAGCCCCAUUGGCAGAGGAAGAGCAUAUAUCCUCUGCCACCUCCAUCACAGAAUAUGAUAAAUUGUCUUCUUUUGCAACCUCUGUUGCCGAAGAUCAGUCCAUUGCAUCUGUGACAGCACCUCCAACUGAAGAAACAGGGAGAAGCUCUUUGCUGCUAGACACUGUCAAUAGCAUACCAUCAUCCAUACGCACUGAAGCUACCCAGGGAAGGGAGUACUUGCAUUCUGCUGGAACAAUUUCUCCAACUUCCUCACUAGAGGAGGACAAAUGCUUCAAGUCACCUCCAUCUGAGGAGUACCAGCCUGUUGUGCCAGAAAUGGAAACCAGUGGAAAGAUCAUGCAAGUACACGAAGAAGAUGAUGAGGAUGAUGAGGAUGAAGAUCAGACUCCAAAUGUUGACAUAUCACUUGGAAAACUUCAUGAGGGUUAUGCAUCUGCUGCAAUGCUUCAAGAGAAAGAAAGAAUUUUUGAUAAAUCUACAACAAUAUCACCCCUUGCCUCUCCUUUAAUGUCUGCCCAAUCACAAACAGAGGAAGAGAAAUUGUUGUCCGUUUCUAAAGAUGGUUCAAAAACUGGAGAUAUUGGAAAACCACUCUCCUCCUCACCUUGUUUUUCCAGUACAAUGGAAUCAAGUGUUACCUCAGAGGGUGAGGAGAGAUGUGUUAGUCCAGAUGACAGCACUGUUAGGAUGGCCUCUCCAACUCAGUCAGGGCCGACCAGCAGUGGCUACUCACCUACUGAGGAAAAGUCACAAAAGCUCAUAGAUUCAGAGAAAGAGGAAAAGAAGGACAAGGAUGCUUUUGACACUCAGAAGUAUCCUCUGCACGAAUCAGUCAUUUCUUCAGAUGCUAAAAAGAAGACGACCUUUGUGAAAAUACAAGACGAUGAAGCUGAGCCUUUUAGAAAAGGCUUUUCUAACAGGAAGGCGACAUUUGAUGAGUCUGAUGAAGAUGAUGAUGAGGAUGAUGAUGAAGAGGAUUAUUACCCAAAGAAGAAUGUUAAGACCUGUGGUAAAACAAAAUAUGCUGAAGAGAGGGAAAGCACAUUCCUUGAUGAAGAAUAUACUUGUGGAGCGAAAUCCCUGAAAGAGGAAAGACAGAAAGACAGCAUGGAAAAGACAGAAAAAACUCUGGGCAAAGACAAAGAACACAAGUCUCAAUUUCUCAGCUCUGAUGAGGAUGAGGAUGAAAAAGAAGAUGGUACAUACUCUAGCUUAGCAGGGCCUCAAGCCAAAAAAGAUAUUUCAUUAUCAGACAAAGAUGAUUCUACGGCAACUUACAAAGAGGGGGAGAAAAAUGUUCAUUUCAACCUGUACGCUUUCCCAGAACGUGAAAGUCGAGCCACGGGCCUUAAAGGGGAUUAUGAGAGAGAGGGAAGGCAAGAUACUCCCUAUGUAGGGAAGAGUUUCACAUAUUCUGAUGUAUAUGACAGCAAGUCAAGUUCAGUGGAUUCCAGUUCAUAUUCACCCACUCUGCAUCAGGAUAGCAUGGAUAAAUCAGAUCAUACAGAUUUAAGAGAAGCAGAGAAGAAAGAUAUUUCAAUGGCAAGCCAGAAAAUUUCUGAAAAGGAGGAUUCAAUGAAAGGCCUUGCAUGGAGUGAAACCACUGAAAAAGCCUCCAGUGGUUUUUCAUGUUUUACUGACAUUUCAGAGGUCAAGCCCACAGAAAAAGAUAGUAAAAUGGAAAAAGGAACAGCACAGGAAUCUUUACUUUUUCCAAAAGAGAAGGACCCUUUUGCUGUUAAAUGUGAUAAGACUGACAACCAAGUCAGUGCUGUGGUAUCAACCCAUCAUCUCAAGGAUGACCUCAGUACUUCCAAAGAUGUGGUCAGUGGACUGUCUCUGGUUGGUCAGUCAGUGAGCAGUGAAAAAGUGUCAGGUCCAGGGAGAGAUACAAGGGUGUUGUCUACAGGAACAGAUGAGGAGGAUGAAGAAGACGAUGAUGCCAUGUAUGGCAGAUUUGCCUGUGACAGCGAUUUGGAGAAAGAUAAGAAAGACAGAUCUGAAAAAGAAUCCAGAAGUCCAUUUAGUGGUUUUGCCAGCACUGGGUCUCUUGGGUUCAAAGAUGAAAAGAGGGAUAGUCUCUCACGUGACCACAACCUUGGUAUUGAUAGUCGUGGGCAAUCAACUGCUUCAGCUGCCUCUGAAUUCACCAUGGAUGAGAAAGAUUCUGCAGACUUGUCUCGACAGAGUAAAGGUGCAGUCUCCUCCUUGCUUUCUGAGGGCCACGUAACAGGAUAUUCUGGACGUCAGCAGUCAUAUGAUGAAGAUGAAGAUUCUCUCUUAUCGAGUCAGUUUUCAGGGAAAGACAGGAAAGAUCAGUCAUACUUACCAUUGUCUAUGAAGUCAAAUGAAGACCAGUAUUACCAUGAUGAGAAGGGUCUUGAGUUUGAAAAACAGAAUACACUAGAUAUUACAGGUAAAAAAGGAGGAGAUUCUGCCUCUUCUGGAUUCCACUACACCACGUCUGCCACUGCAUAUUCCUCAUCGUCAUCCUAUAGCCACUCAUCUUCAGCUUCUGCCAGUCUCUCUACCAGUCGACAGUUUGGAGAUGAACUGGAAACCCCUGCCAGUGCUGGUUUUGAAUAUUCAGCUUUCAAAGAUGAGCAUUCUCUUGUGAUGGACUCCCCCCUCUCUAGCUCCAGUGGUCCGGUAAAAGAUGAGUAUUUAGAGGUCUCAGAGAAGCUGACACCCGCCACAACAACAGCAGAGUCUACCUCCAGCCUCGCAAGAUUUUCACCUCUUUCGCCUUUUGAGGAAAUCAAACCCUUCCCCCCUCAGAUGGUUACCUCUUCUGAUGAUAAAAAAGAAAUUUCUGGUUCUUCAAGCAUCUUUGACAAAGUUGACAAGAGUUCCCUCAGUGCAUGUUUUUACAAGCCAGAUGAGAAAUGGACCAGUGAUUCAAGAUUGCCAGCAGAAUUUGGGGCAAGUGGGCCAUAUUCUCAGUUCACUGGCUCUACAGAAAAAGACUCCAUGGCAAAGGAUCUGUUUGGUGCAAGUGCAUCUUUAAAACCUUCAGCUGUCCCCAAGGAGAAACAACAUUUUGUAGAUACAGAGAGUAGUGAAGAGGAGGACUACAUGACUGAGCAGUAUAAACAGCAGUACCAAAGUUCUCCAUUCACAACCCAAACAGAAACCUUGUCUUUGUCUGAGAAGCAUGCACUGGAUGCCACCUCUACUAAGACAGCUCUUCCAGAUGUUCUUAGUUCAUAUACAUCCUCGGUCCCACAGCCAUCCAAGGAGGAUGCAUCAAAUGGGCCUUCAGAUAUCAGUAUGAGUGCAACCAGUGCUGUCAGUGGAACUAGCAAGAUGACACCAAGUAUGCCCAAAACAGAGUUGAGAAGAGAGGAUACUGAGGUCAGAAAACUGAGAAGUCCAUUUGAAUGGGAAGUACAGCAUCAGAGAGGGAUGUACCCAGGGUCCUCUCCACCACAUUAUAGACAUGAGGAUGAGUAUGAGGAAGAGGAAGAGAUGGAACCUGAACAUCCCGCUCGCCCUCUUUCUCUGACAUCCACAGAUCUUGCAUCUCAGUCAUCCUAUUACAGGGAGGAAUCAAGUAGACAUGAUGAUGAUUCUGACCAUCCUCCUGAUGUGUGUAUGGGAGCAACCCCAUAUUCUUCCUCUACGUCUCCGGGUUACUCCUCAAGUGAAUACAAACAGCGAAAAGGAGAUAUGUCUCCAUCAUUUAUCAAUCCUGGUAUUCAACACCUAUCUAGUGAUGAGGAGGAAGAUGUUAGUGAUGACGAUAGUGAUCAACAACAGAUGUCUGGCAAGAGGAGGUUCCACAAACAACCUCAUCAGCACUCUCACAGUCAACACAAGGAAGAUAGUGAAUCCCAUCACCUCUCUGGACCAAUGUCUACUGGGAUUGGGCUAGCUGGAGAGGAAACACCUCCAACUUCCGUUAGUGAAUCACUCCCUUCACAGUCAGAUUCUGAUGUGCCACCAGGAACAGAAGAGUGUCCUUCAAUUACGCCAGAAGGAAACAUAGAUUCUGAUGAAGAUGCAGAUUAUUUACCGGUGGAUAAAUCAUCGACAGCCUGUGGAGGAAGCAAACAUCACUCUACCUCACGGAGAUCAUCAGAGAGGACCCGUGACCCGUUACCCUCACCAAUGAUGGAUCCUUCCCCUCGUUCUCCUCAUCCUGAUGUUUGUAUGGUGGAUCCAGAGGCCCUGCUCACAAACCAGAGUCAGACAGAGAAACAACUCAAGAAAGACCCAAAAACAAAAGGCUUGCGUAAAUCGGGAGGGAAGCCAAAGUCUGCCUCCCCAGCUCGCAGGCGCAAGAGAUCUCCAACACCUGUAAAGCAAACUUCAAAGGACUCCUCACCACGUUCCUCCUCUCUGAAGAAGAAAGAAGUAGAAAAGAUGUCUCGAGGGUCAAGGAUGUCAGACGGGCAAGGAUCCAAAGAAGAUGACUUGUCCAGGUCAAGUUACAACCCCGGCAGAGGACUCAUCAAUGGGCUUAAGAGCAGUACAGGUUCAAGCUCCACAAAAUCCAGUUCUGUACUGCCUCCUGGCCCCCCAAUCUAUGUGGACCUGGCCUACAUCCCUAACCACUGUAGUGCCAAAAACGUAGAUCAGGAAUUCUUUAAACGAGUACGAUCUGCAUAUUACGUGGUGAGUGGAAAUGACAGCGGCAGUGGCGAGCCAAGCCGUGGAGUUCUGGAUGCAUUGCUUGAGGGCAAAGCCCAGUGGGGAUCCAAUCUGCAGGUGACUCUGAUUCCUACCCAUGACACUGAGGUAAUGCGAGACUGGUAUCAGCAGACUCAUGAGAAGCAACAGGAGCUCAACAUCAUGGUUCUGGCUAGCAGCAGCACUGUCGUAAUGCAGGAUGAGUCUUUCCCAGCAUGCAAAAUUGAGUUCUGA